AUUAGAAGAAAAUUGAAAUAGGCACCCCCCUUUAGCACCGGUUUGUGAAAACCAGUGCCAAAACAAAUGGGCGGGAUUGAAAAAUUCAGUGUUAGCACCGGUGCCAACCAAACCGGUGCCAAAUCAUAUAAUUAGCACCGGUUCAAACCGGUGCCAAUUUAAAAAAAAAUUAAAAAAAAAGUAUGGAAUAGAGUUGGCACCGGUUCACCUUAAACCGGUGCCAACUAUGGUAUUUAGCACUGGUUUAAACCGGUGCCAUUGUUUAAAAAAAAAAACCGGGCGAAAUAAAAAAAAAAAGAAAAAAUCGGGUAUUAAUUUCUCUGCUUCUUCUUCUUUCUUUCUUUCCCCCCUGCAUUUCAUUUUCGUUAACCCUAACUCUCGUUUUCGCCCUUCUCUUAGCUUCGACCACCUUUCUCCAUAUUUCUCCUCCAUUACGCGUGCUCGUAGUUCUCCAUUGAAGCGCAUUCUGAGCUUUGUCCAUAUCACUCCUCCACUACGCGUACUGUUUAUUCUCCAUUGAAGCGGAUUCGAGCUUUCUCACCUUCAUUGAAGCAGCUUCGAGCUGAAUAUUGUGGAGGGUAAGAUGCAGUAUUUGUUUGAUGAGACGGGUAGACGCUAUCUUGAUGCAUUUGCCAGGAUUGUGACUGUGUCUUGCGGCCACUGCCACCCUGAUAUAUUGAAUGCUGUAAUAGAGCAAAGUAAACUUCUUCAGCAUGCGACAACUAUAUAUUUGCACCAUGCCAUAGCUGACUUUGCAGAGGCUUUGGCAUCGAAAAUGCCUGGAAAUCUAAAGGUUAUGGGGAAAGGCAUGUUGGUUAUCAUUUCCGAUUCUGGAAAGCUCUCUUUUCUAACAUUUUGUAAUGAAAUGCACAGGUUCUUUCCAGUGACUCAUGUUCAACUUUCAAUCCCUGGCAACUCAAAGACACCAGAUUGGUAGAAUCCUUGCUUUUGAUGCCUUGUAUGACUUACAACACUCUGGAGUUUAUGACAUCAUUGGAAAACAUGAAGAUUCAGUAACUUGCAUUGAGUAUUCUCCAGAAACAGAUUACUUAACAGUUUCUGCAGGACCACUGGAUCUUCAGUGGCUUGCUUUACCUCUUCCAAGCUCAACAUAUUACAUUGCUUUAUAUUUUGCUGAUGACCGUGCCUCAUCGAGGCGGGCAUUUGACAUUAGCAUCAAUAAUGUGCCAUAUGUUCGUAACCUGAGCGUGACUCCAUCUGGUGUGGCUGUGUUUGCAACCAAAUGGCCCCUUGACGGUCUGACAAGACUGAGAUUUACCCCAGUCAAUGGAUCAGAUGCUAGUCCCCUGAUCAACGGCGGGGAGAUUUUUGAUGUUUUAUCCCUUGGGAAUAGUGCAUGAUGGUACAUCUCUGAAAUUUACAA